AUAGAAUAGUAAGUUAUGUGUUGGGGUAAAUUCCUUGUUAGUUUUAAACUAAAAUACUCACUUAGGACUCUAUUUCUGUCUUACCCUGUUAGGUGUAAAGAUUUCUCUCUGUGUUACUGGAAUCCCUAUUGGAUGCUGCCCUCUGAUGUUUGUGGAAUGAACUGCUUUUGGGAAGCGGCUUUUAGAUAUGGUCCGAAAGUACAGCCCGUUGAGAGGAUGCACCUAGCUGUGGUUGCCUGUGGUGAACGACUGGAAGAAACUAUAACCAUGUUGAAGUCAGCGAUCAUUUUCAGCAUCAAACCUCUUCAAUUCCAUAUUUUUGCUGAAGAUCAACUACACGAUAGUUUCAAAGGCAUACUCGAUACCUGGUCAUUUUUACAAACAUUUAAUUAUUCAUUAUACCCAAUAAGUUUUCCGAGUGAGAAUGCAGUGGAGUGGAAAAAGCUCUUUAAACCAUGUGCUUCCCAGAGAUUGUUCUUGCCAUUAAUCCUGAAAGAAGUUGACUCACUAUUGUAUGUCGACACUGAUAUCCUUUUUUUACGGCCUGUUGAUGACAUUUGGUCUUUACUCAAGAAAUUUAAUUCCACACAAAUUGCUGCAAUGGCACCAGAACAUGAAGAGCCUCGAAUAGGAUGGUAUAAUCGCUUUGCCAGACAUCCAUACUAUGGAAAAACUGGAGUAAACUCUGGAGUUAUGUUGAUGAACAUGACUAGAAUAAGAGGGAAGUAUUUCAAGAAUGAUAUGACAACUGUACGGAUGCGAUGGGGAGACAUACUUAUGCCAUUGCUCAAGAAAUACAAACUGAAUAUCACGUGGGGUGAUCAAGAUCUGUUGAAUAUCAUAUUUUUUCAUAACCCAGAAAGCCUUUUUGUUUUUCCCUGUCAAUGGAAUUAUCGGCCAGAUCAUUGUAUAUAUGGAAGCAAUUGCCGAGAAGCAGAGGAAGAAGGAAUCUUCAUUCUUCAUGGGAACAGAGGUGUUUACCAUGAUGAUAAGCAGCCAGCAUUCAGAGCUAUUUAUGAAGCGCUGAGAAAUUGUUCUUUUGAAGAUGACCACAUCCGUUCCUUAUUAAAACCUUUAGAACUGGAAUUGCAAAAGACAGUGCAUACAUACUGCGGGAAAAUUUACAAAAUAUUUAUCAAACGGCUAACCAAAAGCAUCCAGGACCGCUAUGAUAGACCACCCAAGGAAAGGUGAUUCUUGGAGACUACUAAAUCAAAUGAAUGAAACCAACAAAAUGUUAGAGGAAACGUGAAGGAAUAGUCUUGGAUGAAGUGUUCAGGAAAGAAUUAUUCAUCUUCAGAAUAAUUUCUUUUUCCUGAGGAAGUUAAAUGAGCAAUAUAUUCAUUUAAUGAAGAAUAAGUUAAAGUCUUGACUCCAAUAAGAAGACAUUUUUCAUCUCUGACGUUUUAUAAUGUUAUUUGCUGUCAUUCCAGUAUUGAUGAAAAUAUUGAAUUGUUUGUGGCCUAUAGACUGGUUGGCUGUUAAGCUCAAGUGAGUAAGAACAGUAGAAGGGGUAGGGUGUAUGAAUGGAGAAGAUGUGCCUCAUACACAGUAGGUUGCAAACUGAGUAUAGCAAUAAUUUUGUCAGCACUAACCUCACUUUAAAUACGUGAGAAAAACGUUUACAGGAGCAGAAAAGAUUCUGUUUCUAAAGAAAUGUGAUGUAACCAUUGACAAUCCAUGUGUGCCUUCAUAGAUUUCAUCUCUGUUUUAAAAUCUUUCUGUGACAAUCAUGUUUAAAAUUAUUUUUAGAUUACAAGUAAACUGCACGUUUAAGAUGGCGCUGUGUAAGAAAGAGGGAAAACAGUGAAAAUUCUGUUUUAGUCUGUGUGUAUGCUUGUGAAAUAUAGUAUUUUCAUGUGUAUAUUUUUAACUGUCUUGCCAAACUCAGAUCUAAGAUCGUUAAAUAUUUUGAGAAUUUUUUUUUUAUCAUUUUAAAUGAAGAAUUUCAGCUUUACUGGGCAUUCUGGAAGCAGAAAAAGAAAUGAAAACCUAAAUAGUAUACCUAUGUGAUGGACCAAAAUGCAUUAAGCUCUGUAUUUCUGUGAACAGUAAUUUUAGUUACAACAGCGCAGGAGAAAGUGGUCAUUUAACUUUUUUUCUUCUACCUCAAAAUAUAUUUGCAAGAUAUAUUUGAAGAAGCAAAUAUAUAGAGCCUUAAUUUAAACAACUGUCAUGGAUGAUUGGGAUUAAGAAAACCAGUACCUCUGAAUACAGGAAAGUAGUUUGGGUCAAUGUGAAUAGCUUCCCUUGUUGAACAUCACUUAAGACAAACUUAAGACAGUUAUUUUUUUUUUUAAUGUUGAAAAUAGACUUCUCAGUGUUGUUGACCUCUGUCUGAGUUUGGAGGGUACAUAGAAGGUUGUUGUUAACGGUCCCCAAAUAAGACCAUUGCCUGCCUGGCUGCAUUAGACUCUUGGGGAGAGCUUGUUGAGAAUGGAUGCUGGGGCUUACCCUUUCUGGCCCACUGUGUCUAGGAUUGGGGUCUGCAAACAUUUUUUUUUUUAAUGAAGAGAUUUGAAAAUUACACAGAAGUAGAGAGAAUACAGUGGUGCUGUUUGUCCGGAUCAAGCACUUAACAAUAUCUUGCCAUAUUUGCAUCAUUUAUCCUUUUUCUUUUUUUCUCAAGUAUCUUAAAGAAAAUCCCAGACAACAUGUUAUUUCACCACCGUGAACAGUUCAGUAACUACAAUGACAUAAUACUUCCUCCAUAUUAAAUGCAUCUUAAGUCCUUAA